ACGGACGCAGGUGAGAGACAAUUUAAAACUCAACAUUUCCCUCACCCACAACCCUUUACUGCUCUCUUUCUACUUCACUGACUGAUCAAAUCGACUGCCAUGUUGGUAUUGAGGCACAACUCUCUUGCAGCGGAGGACUUGUUUAUAGUCGAAAGGACUAUGAUAAAAUUCAUAAAUGGAACUUCAUUCAAAAUCACAUCAGAAUUCGAAGCUUUAUCGAAAUCGCGCGCUGAGCUUUACGGUUACGUGCUUGGAAUGUUUGUAGCUUUGAAACUCGAUACCGCCAUUGGCGCAACGGCAUCGCAACUUCUUGACUUUAUAAUUGAUGUUGAUCAUGGCUAUCUCAACAACCCAUAUCACUCCUUUUUCCAUGCUGUCGAUGUGACGGCUGUUAUAUACUAUAUGGUCAUCGACUUGCACGCUACACAAUAUCUUUCAACACUGGACAUCGGUGCUCUUUUGAUUGCCGCUUUGUGUCACGACAUAGGCCAUCCCGGCUAUAACAAUGUGUAUCAAGUGAAUCGAAAAUCGGAUUUAGCUGUACGGUAUAACAAUACCUCGGUCUUGGAAUCCCACUCCUGCACAUUAACCAUGGACCUGUUAACGCACCACCAAUUGCUGCGCCGACUGAAGAAAGUAUCACAAGAAGCUGGAAAAACUGUCACAGAGCAACAGUUCCGAUCUUCUAUUAUUAAAAUGAUUCUUGCAACGGAUAUGAUAUUCCAUUAUGAACUCCAAGAACAGCUAGGAAGUCUUAUAGAACACAUCACUCCUUCUGACGACGAAUGGGAUUCCGAAGAGGAUAAUAUUGAAGGCGAUGCACAGCCACCUGCAACGGACAUACAUUCAUUGAACCGCCACAUGGAGGAAGUGUCUGUAAGCACAGCGAAUGAUGGUCGACCUACGCUUCAACCGCCUAUAGUGAAUGAACCUUUUGAUAUAAGGUCAUCGGGUGUAGACUUGGACGAUAAACAACGGCAAACUUUUUGCAAUAUCUUAUUACACGCCGCUGAUAUUAGUAAUACUGUUCGACCUUGGCCACUAUGUCAGCAAUGGUCAGACCUUGUUAUCCAAGAAUUCUUUCGGCAAGGAGAUGCUGAGAAAUUGCAUGGCCUGGCUGUAUCACCCGGUAUGGAUAGGGAUGAGGCCACGCAACAAAACGUAUCGCUCAAGUUCAGUGAUUUUGUCGUCAAGCCCUACUUUGAAGCAUUCGCUGAAUUUCUUCCAGCCGCAUCCACCUACUUGGACACUUUAGCGGAAAACAGAGCACAAUGGGAGCGCAUUCGAGAUCGACCGACUUCAGUCACCCCACCACCCAACCCUGAAGAGAAUCAACUUCCAUCUUCCAUCCUACCCAAGCGACCUAUCCUCAACCCAACCGGUAGACGAGUUAGUGUUGCAGCUGGUAUUGUUGUUAUUCCCGACCACGCCAACCUGUUCCGACCAGCAAGUGCUCGAGGUCAUCGAAGAGGUUUGCAUGGAUCUAGAAGUUCCAGUCAACAAGUGGUGCCAACGCGAUCCAUGACGGACGAUGAAACCAUGAGAAGUACAGACCCUGUCAUCCGUAGAAAGAGUGACGAACCCGGAUUUACUCUGCGGAAAACAAUGCAGGCAGAAGUACAGCGUAAGCAAAAGGAACACAAUCUUCUGUUGACGCCACAGCACACUGGGAGAUCAAGACGGUCAAGUUCACUAGAUCCGGAGACAACCAAAAUAAUACACAACAUGUUUCCCAACCAUUCAACAAAAAUCGAUCCAUCAUCCUCUGUAAAGCAGGAUCCAUAAUUACAUAUAACCACCCCACCCCCACUCCCAUGCAACUUUAGAGCAUAUCAAUCACCAACACAUAUAGAUUCGCAACCAAUUCAGAUGUUAUAUAUACAAACCCCCUCUCCCU